GUGUGCACACAAAUGAAAAUGCCACCAGCCAGUACAAGAGCAUGGAAAGCUGAGAGAGGAGGCAACAUCUUAAGUGGGGCAAGGUCAGCAAAAACUGGAAGAAGAACGCUCCAUGACCAGGGGUACAAUUCUAUUUGCGGACGAGUAGUAUGGCUCAGGAGAUUGACUGGUUACACAGUCAAGCCGGCCUAUGCAAAGUAGAUCUUUAUAGUCCAGACGGAACAAGUGAUCAAGACCGCAAAGUCAUCUGUUUUGUUGAUGUUGCCAGCCUUAAUUUAAAGAACAAAGAGAAACAGAAGAGAGGUAAUAGCUUAGGUGACCCCUCCCUUGAUCUGCGUAACCUUGAAGAAAAGGAAGUCAUCGUCAUAAAGGACAACGAAAGGGAUCACCACACCAAUACUGAGGGAGCAGUCUGCCUUUUUAAGCAAGGUUCCUCUGAAGAAGUCAACGUUGUUAGCUGGCUGAGCAACGACCUUCAGAAAUACGCAGUUGGAUUCCAGCAUGCACUAACCCCCUCUGGCUCUCGUAAAUCAGCAUACGAUUCACCUGCAUUUGACAAGAUGUCCCAAAGCAGUGACACUUCCUUCAGAGGCUCUGGUGGCCAGAGAGGAGAUGAUCUAUCUUAUUAUGUUAACAAGCUCUGUUCCUUAGUGGUUCAAAUGGCUCAUAAAGAAAUGAAGGAUAAACUGGAAAGCAGUGGUAGGUGCAUUCGGCAAUCAAUUAAUUCCCGUGGACCUAACGGCAAGGCCGAUGACUAUGGCAAACUAUCUCCCAAGUCAUCUCAUGAUGAUCCCAGAAAAGCUUCACUCUUUUAUGGAGAGAUGUCUAAUCAAAGUAAUCAGAAUGGCUACAGGCAGGGAUCAGACAGACAAAUGUCAGAACGGAAACAAUCAGGACAAGAUGAUGGAUCUGUAAGCAAAGGGCUAAUGGUAUAUGCUAAUCAGGUAGCUUCAGAUAUGAUGUUCUCAUUCAUGAAAACUAUGAAAGUCCAAAAAGGAAAGCAUCCUCCACCAGCUUGUGUAGUGUUAAAAAAAGUACUACUCAAACACACCAGAGAUGUCAUAUCUGACUUAAUUGACUCCACCAUGAAAAAUCUACACAAUGUGACAGGUGCACUCAUGACAGACUCAGACUUUGUUAACACAGUGAAGAAGAACCUUUUCAACACAGGAACACAGAAGUCAACUGAGAUUCUGGAAGCAAUGGUGAAACGCUUAUUCAAAGCAUUAGCAGGGGAUGAUAAGAAAUCUCAAAGCCUAGCAUUCACAGCAUUGAAAGCAGGUACUCACACAGACUCCAGAACUCAAGGACUGCAGUUUGCAACACUUAAAAGUGAAAUGCAUGGUGGUCAUGGAGGAGGCAGAGGAAAUGGCCAAGUGAGGCCUCUUCCAAGUGGAAGCAAAGGUUCAGAUAAGCACUGCUCAAUGGAUGUAUAUGCUAAAGACCUGAUUGUAACAGCACUGAUGCUGAUACAGCAACACCUCUUAGAAAAAAACAAGGACCAAGGUUUCCGUGAGACAAACACCACAUCAUUUGGCUAUGUUCAUGACAGAACUGGUGGCUCAAAAUAUGGUUCAAGGCCAGGAGGGGGCAGGCAGGAUAAUCUGGAAUCACAAAAAGGUGAUAUUUCAAGUAUUCUGUUGUCAAUCAUCCAGAAAGUACUUAGAGAAGCUGGUUUUGCGGAUGAGACUACCUCUGACAAGGGCUAUAAACAGCCUCCAUUUGUUGACAGUAGACCACAAAGAGCCUUACCAAAAGGGGGUCCUGAAAUGUAUGACAACAUGGAACAGAUAAACAAACAAUUCAUUGACCAGCUGGUUGAAUCUGUGAUGAAGUUGUGCAUGUUAAUGGCUAAAGGCAGUGACUCAGAAGGAAGAUAUGGGAGACCAUUAGGUUCAGGUUCUGAAGUGAUUGUCAACAACCAGAAUUGCAACAACAGUGCACAAAACAAAGAACUCCAAGCUGUGCUCCAGUGGCUAGUUGCUUCACAAUUCAAUGUGCCAAACCUGACAUUCAUGAAUGAGCAAGAUGGAGAAUUGUCCAGGCUGCCUCAGCUGGCUGAUAAAGCAGCCAAAAAGGGCUACAGUGUAGGAGACAUUGUUCAGGAGGUAAUGAGGUACUAUGAGAAACAGCAGAUGGAUGCCAUGGCAGGACGCAUGCCUCGGUGUGGACUGGUCGAUUAUCUGCUUGCUAACCUGUAAGAAUCAAGUCUUCCCUCUCAUGUUACACUCAAGUGCCCAGCCUAAGCGCCCAAACUACUCUUUACUGGCGCAGCAAAUACCAUCACUGCAGCCCCACUGCAAGCAAAAAUGGUACUGAACUGAGGUGGCUGGGCAAGCUCAUCAAUAAAAAAAGAAUAAAAAAAAUGA